GGGCAUCGAUCUCUAUAUAAGAUCAUGUUUAUUCUAUUCUAUAAGAUCAGUACUAUCUCUCUAUCUGGCUGGUAUAAUUAAUAUAUAAUAAUAAUAAUAUAUACAGUGCGAUAUAGAUCGAUGGCGAUGAUGAUUAAGGUGAAGGAGACGAGUAUGGUGAAGCCGGCGGAGAAAACUCCACGGCGGCGGCUUUGGCUGUCCAUUUUGGACCUGAUGGACGCUCCUAAUAACCAUAAUCCAGUCGUCUACUUCUUCAGAUCCAAUGGAGCCACCAACUUUUUUGAUGCCCGUAUUCUCAAACAAGCUCUUAGUAAGGCCCUCGUUCCAUUUUAUCCCUUGGCCGGUCGGUUAGGGCUCGACGGCGAUGGUCGGACUGAGAUCGAUUGCAACGAAGAAGGUGUCCUUUUCGUCACGGCGGAGACCACCGCUGUCAUCGAUGACUUCGGAGAUUUCUCUCCCACGCCUCAGCUCCGGAGCCUCACUCCCUCUGUUGACUACUCUCUUGGGAUCUCUUCUUUUCCCUUACUCUUGGUGCAGGUUACUCACUUAAAAUGCGGGGGAGUCUCACUUGGAAUUGCUGCCGACCAUCGUGUACUAGAUGGACCUUCUGCUUUUCACUUUUUCGAAUCAUGGUCUAGAAUUGCCUGUGGUCUCGACAUAACCAUUCAACCAUUUUUAGAUCGAACACUACUUCGACCUCGAAACCCACCUCAACCUUCAUUUCCUCACACUGAAUACCAACCUCGCGAUCAGCAAGACACCACCACCACCAAGGUUGACACCAAAGUUGCCACUUUUAAAAUCACCAAGGAGCAACUAAACACACUCAAAACCAAGACCACAAAAAGCAUGGAAAACGGUAACAACAACAACAAUAAUAUCAUCAAAUUCAGCACGUACGAGAUUCUAGCAGCUCAUAUUUGGAAAUGCGUUUGCCAAGCACGAGAGCAACCCGACGAGCAACAGACCACCUUGUACUUCCCUGUCAAUGGUAGAUUCGCCAAUAGAUUGCAGCCUCAACUCCCACCUGGUUUCUUUGGCAAUGUGAUUUUUCCAGCUACACCAACGGCCAAGGUAGGUGAUCUCAGAACCAAGCCACUGUCCUAUGCACUAACUUGCAUCCAUGAAGAUUUGAAGAAAAUGGACAAUGAUUACUUGAGAUCGAGUAUUGACUAUUUGGAGCUUCAGCCUAAUAAUGUGUUGUCCUCCAUUAGGCGUGGGGACCACACUUACAGGAAUCCAAAUUUUGGGAUUACGAGUUGGGUUAGGCUGGUGAGCUACGAGGUUGAUUUUGGAUGGGGUCCGCCUAUUUUCAUAGGAUCUGGUGGCAUUAUAUUAGAGGGAAAAUCGUAUGUUUUGCCUAGUCCUACUGAUGAUGGGAGUUUAUUGGUUGGCAUAUCUUUAGAACCACACCACAUCAAAGCUUUUGAGAUUUUGUUUUAUCAGAUAUGAUGUCAACCCAAACUUCUUAAUAAGCUAGCUAGAGCUACUUUAUGAUCACCUUUGUCUUUAUUUAUAUAUAUAUGGUUUGCUAUAUGUACUAUACAUAUAGCUGAACUAUAUUUAGUUAGUGUGUUGUUAACAUGUUCGGUUAUAUGCCUUUCUUUCUUGUUAUUAUUAUUAUUAUGUAAUUUCUUAUGUAAUUCUUUUUAUCAAUAAAGUAGUAUAAGUCUUUUGGUUUGCUAUA